GCAGCGCCUGCCGAGUCAGCUGCGCCGCGCGUGGAGCCCGCGCAGCCGAAGGAGGGCGAUGCUGCAUGGGCGUCGGCCUCUGCAGCAGCUUUCCCGCCAACUCGUCCGCCCGCGACGCCCCAGUCGCAACCGGUGCCGCCCCAGCCCGCGGCCGAGGAGCCAGCUACGGACAAGCAUAUUCUGAUGAAGCGUGUGAACGCUCAGAUACACCGCGUCAUGGAGACUGCGAAGGAUUUGGCAGGCUGCGAACCCGAGAAGUUCGUCCUCGAGGAUGCCACGCAGAAGGCUGAGCAGUCCAUCUCGCAGCUAUGCCACUCCGACCUCGUGAAGAAGCUGAAUGCUUUGCAUGCUGCUGACGCGAAGCUCUUGGAUGACGCAAAGGGCAAGGGAGCGCAGGAGGAAGACGACUUCUGGGGCGCCAUGAAGAAGGUCGACUUUAACUUCGGGACCGCCUGCACUUCGGGCAACGGCAUUGCGGGCCGCUGGGCUCGGGCCUUGAAAGCUGACGGCGAUUUGGCGAAAGAGUAUCGCUCUAGGCAGGGGUGCCUCCAGAAGGCCGAGUUUCGCGCAGCCUGGGCGAAGGGCAAGUACGACAAACACCAGAUGGCCAGGGGUCGCUCUAAAGAGGAGAAGCACGUCAAAGCUGAAGUAAAGAAUGGAACCUACGUGUCCUUGGGCCGCUUGGCGUGGCUCGAGGGCGGAGGUGCGAGCGGCGUGAGGAUCGCCGUCCGCUACGUCCUCAAGUACCUGCACGUCCAGCACAGCCUCCGCGACGAGUUCAAGCGUUGCUGGAGGGCGUGGGAGGAGUGGGCCUCGGAGCCAGGUGCCGACGAGGCCC